AUGGUAGAAAUGCAAGUCCUGCCAGCACCCACAGCUACUCCCAGCCGAGCGGAAGACACCAUGCCACCGGUCCUGGGCAUCGCCCUCUUGUAUGCCCUGCUGACCCCAUCGCUAAGCCAGCCAAAAGAUGUCGUCCUCAGGGUCAAUAAAGGUGUUUUAACUGAUGCUCUUACAGGCUCGCUCAGGCAAGGCAAUGCCCUCCAAGGUGUCCUCGGAGAGGUGCCACUUGGAAGUGGACGUCCCAGCACAGAUGGAAGUGGAGACCUGUUGGGUGGCCUCGGAGGAGAUCUCCUUGGUGGUGGCAGCAGCGGUGGUGGUCUGCUUGGUGGUAUUACUGGUGGUUUGCUGGGCGGCAGUGGCGGAGGGCUGCUAGGGGGGCUGACUGGUGGUCUGCUUGGUGGAGGGGGUGAUGCCGGUGGUGGCUUGCUGGGUGGAGGGGGUGGUGGAGGCACUUACAGGGAGAAGCCCAGAAACCCUCCCAGAGGCUGGCCAGCAGCUGGUGGCGAUAUUCCCCGGGAUGGCAUCCCCAUGGGGGUUGCUGGAGGAGCGCUGGGACAAGGAGGUCUGCUCGGUGAUGGAGGUCUCCUUGGCACGACAGGGAUCCUCGGUGGUCCUGGUGGCCUUCUUGGCAGAGGAGGACAUCUGGGCGAUGGAGAGCUGCUGGGAGGUGGCGGCCUGCUCGGCGUCCUCGGGGAAGGCGGCUUGCUCAGCACCAUCCAGGGGCUCACUGGGCUGAGGAUCGUGGAGCUGGCGCUCCCCAGGGUGUCCCUGCGGCUCCUGCCUGGCAUCGGCAUCCACCUCAACCUCUACACCCGGGUGGCCCUCAAUGCCAAGUGCCUCCUGGGUUUGCUCGACAUCGCAGUGGAAGUGAACAUCACAUCAAGGGUCAGGCUAACCAUGGACAGCAUGGGCUACCCCAAACUAGUGACAGAAAGAUGCAAUACCCUCCUUGGUGGCAUUAAAGUCAGACUCCUGAGAGGCCUGCUCCCAAUUGUGGAUAAUUUAUUGGCAAGUGUCCUGAACAGACUUCUUCCUAAUCUGCUCUGCCCAGUGGUUGACAUCGCCCUGGGACUCGUCAAUGACAAGCUGGGUCUUGUGAACUCACUGGUGCCCCUGGGUUUGCUGGGCAGUAUCCAGUACACUGUGUCCAGCCUUCCCCUGGUAACUGGUCAGUUCCUCGAGGUAGACUUGAACACUCUUGUUGGGCGAGUGGCAGGAGGCCCGAUGGACUAUCCGCUGGGAAAGCCAGAAGCUGUCCCCACACCCCCACGUGUCCCCAUGCCACCCCUGCCACCCAUGGCGGCCACCAGCUCCUCCCAGCUGGGUCUCUCUGUGAACUUCCUCAGCUCGGUGCUGUCUGUCCUGCAGAAGGAGGGUGCCCUGGACCUGGACAUCUCCACCGGCAUGUUUCCUGAGCUCCCGCCACUAACGACAUCGACCCUUGGAGCCCUGGUUCCUGCAAUUUUCAAGGCAUACCCCGAGUCACAUGAAUUGCUGCUGAAAAUUGCAGUCCCUGAAGCACCAGUCGUGACCUUAAAGAAAAAUAAAGGUGUGAUCCAGCUCAUGGCUACAACAGAGGUGAUGGUGAUCCACCCACAUGAUGUCCAGAAGUGUCUCUGCUUUCUGAAUAUCGAUGCCUCCUUGCUGGCCCAGUUUUCAGUCGAGGACAACAAACUGAAGAUCAGCAUCAGCCUGGAGAAGGCUGAUCUCUUCUUGGUGUCUUCAUCCGUUGGUGGUUUUGAUGUCUCACUCCUGGAGACGCUCGUUGGCCAGAUUUUUGAUGUUGCCUUCCUGCCUGCACUGAACAGUGUGCUAGGAGUGGGGGUUCCCCUCCCCAGGUUGCUGAACAUCGACUUCACCAACGCGGAUGUCGAUGUUAUCGAAGAUCUCCUCAUGCUGUCGGUGUGAGCCAGGGACAUGGGCAGGGAAGGGACCUCCCCGAUUUUCCCCGUCCACUCCUGGAAAGAUG